AUGGCGUUGAACACCAGCAUCAGAUCCGUCUCAAAGAUCAUAGCUUCAUCCGAAUCAUCUAUCUCCAGAUCUGUGAGCAGGAGCUUCCAUUCAACUGGACCUAAGAAGAUGAGUGGAGGACACGGACAUGACGAGCCUUACUACCUCCACGCAAAGCACAUGUACAAUUUGGACCGCAUGAAGUACCAAGGUCUCAAGAUGUCUCUGGCUGUCUUCACUGCUUUCAGUAUUGGUGUUGGUGUUCCCAUCUUUGCUGUUGUCUUCCAGCAGAGGAAGACCGCUUCUGGUUGAUUUUUGUAUGCAUUCUUAAACUUUUGCAGUAGCAAAAGAGAGUUUCUAAGCUACAAAAGUCUUAUCGUUUUAUGGUAAAGUGUUUUUUUCAUGUUUCUUCAUCCUUUGCUUGAUGGUGGAAUAAUAAUGAUAUAUAAUCUUACAUUUUGAUUAUAUUGUAAUUGGAAUCGGAAGCUUUUGUUGGAAUAAAGCAAAUCUUAUGUGCC